AUGGUAAACACUCUAAAAGCGCGUCGAGGACAAAUUAGAGGCAAUUUAACACGAUUUUGGACUUAUGUGUCUACUCCGGACAAUGAUCCUAAGCAAAUAAGUAUACGACGACCAAAGAUUGAAGAAGCAUGGGAAGAGUUUCAACAGGUACAGUCGGAGAUUCGGGAUGAGGAAGAUGCAAAUGAACAUGAAGAAUAUCAAGUAGAUUUCGAAGAGUUAUAUUUCAAGGCAAUGGCCAAAGCGGAAGAGAGACUUCAACAAUCAGAAAUAAAAGAAAACUUGUCCAUCGACACACAAGUAGGAAAAGAAAAAAACGGUGUAAGAGAGAUAAGUAAUGCCGUACCAUCGAUAAAAUUAGCUGCGUUACAAAUACCCGUGUUCUCAGGUGUAUACUCCGAAUGGGCUCCGUUCUAUGAUAUAUACACCGCACUGGUUCACAAUAACAAACACCUGACAACAAUAGAAAAAUUUAUUCAUUUACGUGCGUCACUAUCCGACGAUGCGGCGAACUGUGUCAAGAACCUAGAGACCACAGUUAAUAAUUAUGAACACGUUUGGAACAGUUUGGUUACGAGAUACAAUAAUAAAAAAUUAUUAGUACAAACACACGUAAAAGGUAUUUGUGAUUUACCUACAGUCAAAGCGAGUUCGUCCACGGGCUUGCGACAAUUUUCAGAUGGUUUACGUGGUCAUAUAUCGGCCUUAAGAGCAUUGGAUCAACAACCGUCAGAGUGGGGACCGUUGUUAACACAUAUUAUAUGUACUAAAUUAGACGCAGUCACUAUAAGCGAUUGGGAAACGAAGUGCGGGAGAGACGAAAUCAAAAAGGUCGACGAAUUAAUCGAAUUUUUAGAAGCACGUAAAAAAGGCACAAAAAAUACCACAUCAUCUACUUCAUUUGUCAACACCUCGGAAAUAAAAUGUUACGUAUGUCAACUAUCGCACACUAUAUACAAGUGUCCCAAGUUUAUCGCACUAUCAGCGAUCGACCGAAUUAAAAAGGUAAACGACCUUAAUUUGUGCAACAUUUGCCUCCGGCGUCACGACAAAAGGAAAUGUCUUGGGCGAAAUUGUCUAAGGUGUUCCAAGCCACAUAAUACAAUGUUACACAUAAACAAUUACAAACACCAACCAAAUUCAACGAGUGAAACAUCAGAAGCAAACAGUAAAACUGAGGGAGAAACACCUGCCUUAAGCACGGUGACCGCCCACGCAUUCGCGUCGGGUGAACAGGUGUUAUUAGCUACAGUAGUAGCCCUAGCUGUGAGUCCCUACACGAAAACGACAACAUGUCGUGCUUUAUUAGACUCCGGGUCUCAGAAAAAUUUUAUAACGGAAGAGAUGGUGCAGACACUACGUUUAAAAAGAAAUAAAAUUAAACACGUAAUCAGCGGUAUCGGUGAAAUAGUACAACAUGCGUCGUCGUCAGUAUGGUUAAAAAUAAAAUCCCGCGUAAGUGAUUACGCGGUAUUUCUACCAAUGAUAGUAGUACCAAAGAUCACGGGUCAAUUACCUCCGCGAAAUAUAACAACAACAUGUAACGUUCCCGAUAACAUUAAAUUGGCCGAUCCACAUUUUAGUACGCCCCAAAAAAUCGACAUAUUAUUAGGCGCAACGCAUUUUUAUCAAUUUUUAUGUGAUGGACAAAUACGUCCCUCGACGACUGGGCCGUUAUUCCAAGAAACAGUAUUUGGAUGGGUGGCCGCUGGAGCAAUAUCGGAAAAUAGUUUAUCAAAGGCAUCGACUUCGAACACGUUUUUUAGCGCAACCGAUAGUGAAUCCACGCUAGAGAACGCAUUACAACGAUUUUGGCUGAUUGAAGACGUAAGCGAUACACCACCUUAUACGAUCGAGGAGCGUACUUGUCAAGAAUAUUUUAAUAAGACCGUUAUUAGAAAUGACGAGGGACGUUUUGUCGUACACCUACCGUUUCGGGUCGAUUUAAUAAAACUAGGAAAGUCGUACGAAAUCGCAAAACGUCGCUUCUUAGCAAUAGAACGUAAGUUCCAAAAAGAUAAGGAAUUAAAGAAAGAAUAUUUUUCUUUUAUGAAAGAGUAUGAGUCAUUAAACCAUAUGGAACGGGUAGAUGAGAGCGAACUCGAAAAAGAAGAUCAAACGUGUUACUUGCCCCACCACGCCGUUAGAAAAGACAGUAGCACGUCUACAAAGUUGCGGGUAGUGUUCGACGCAUCUUGCAAAACAGAUAACGGUAUUAGUCUUAAUGACGUGUUAUUAAAGGGCCCGGUUAUCCAAGACGAUUUAUUAUACAUUAUUUCACGAUUUCGAACUCAUAAUUACGUUUUAACGGCCGACAUAGUUAAAAUGUACCGGCAAAUAUUAAUGACUGAUAAACAUCGCGAUUAUCAAAGAAUAUUAUGGCGCACGGACCCUAAUCAACCUAUACAAAUAUAUCGACUGAACACGGUCACAUAUGGCACAGUACCCGCAUCAUAUUUAGCGACAGGUUGUUUACAAGUACUAGCCGAAACGGUACACGAACAAUACCCAUACAUCACGCCUAUUAUCAAUCGAGAUUUUUACAUGGACGACAUAUUGACCGGAGCCGACACGAAACAGGAAGUAAUUAAAAUACGCGACGGCUUGAUUGUGGUUAUGAACAGUGCCGGUCUAAAGUUACGAAAAUGGUCAUCAAACGACGCGAGUUUAAUAACAUCAAGUCUACCUAGCGAAGAUAUAGAAAUAUCAAAUAAACACGAACUUAAUUAUUCUGUAAAAAAGGUAUUAGGUUUAUUCUGGGACGCUUCGUCGGAUAUAUUAAAAUAUAACGUGCGUGAGAAUAAAAGGGUAGAUGGGAUGUCGGUUACCAAACGCGAAAUGCUGUCCGAUAUAGCUGCGAUCUUCGACCCGCUGGGUUUAGUCGGCCCAUUAAUAGUGCGAGCAAAAUUAAUAUUACAAGCGUUAUGGCGUGAAAAGAUUGAUUGGGACGAACCCGUUCCAGUGCACAUACGCGAACAAUGGUUUGAGUAUAGAACACAAUUAUCCGCGUUAAACAGGUUAUCAAUAACACGCAAAAUCACGAACAGCUUAAAAUCGUGUGUUAUUGAGGUUCACGGGUUUUCGGACGCUAGUACAUUGGCGUAUGGAUGUUGUUUAUAUUUAAGGUGUACGGACAACGCGGGCAUUCAUCAUACUAAGUUAAUAUGUGCAAAAUCCAAAGUGGCACCUUUAAAAACAUUAUCAUUACCUCGGUUAGAGCUUUGUGCGGCACUGUUAUUAACACGUCUAGCGUAUAAAUUAAUACCGAAAUUACAACUAAAAAUUAAUCAACAGUAUUUUUGGACCGAUUCGAUGAUAGUAUUGGCAUGGAUCGCUUCACCUUCGACGAAAUGGAGAACGUUUGUUGCACAUCGAGUAGCUGAAAUAAAAAGUAAAACAACAAUGGGCGAAUGGAAACACGUUAGUACAUGCGACAACCCGGCUGACGUGAUAUCUAGAGGUUGCUGUCCGUCUAAAUUAAUCAAUUUAGAUUUAUGGUGGUCGGGUCCCAAGUGGUUGACUGAAGAUAAAUUAAAUUGGAUAGAAAGUUCAGACACUCACCGUAAAUUAGACAAUAUUCCGGAAGGUAAAGAAAAUAUUAUCAAUGUUAUGUGUGUCAUUGAUCACGAUGAUUUUAUGUUAAACAAAUAUGAAUCAUUGACUAAGUGUUUAAGGAUAACCGCGUACUGCAUACGGUUUAUAAAUAACGUGCGUACGCGUAAGAAUAAUAAUAUUAAAUUAACAGGUUUGCUACAACCAGAAGAGUUCGAAAAAGCAACUUUGAAAUUAAUAAAAUAUACGCAAAAUAUCGGUUUUGUUGACGAACUGCGGGAACUAUCGAACGGUAAGGCUGUCUCGACCCACAGUAAACUUUUUCGUCUUCGACCAUUUAUCGAUAGUAAUGGCGUCAUUCGCGUUGGCGGCAGAUUGAAAAACGCCGCGACAAUCGACAUUUUUCAACGUCACCCCAUCGUAUUACCCGCGAACUGUUUAUUUGCGAAAAUGUUAUUUAAUGAACAGCACAUGCUUCUAAUGCACGGUGGACCCCAGGCUUUAUUAUCAACUAUUCGGUUAAAAUACUGGCCAAUUAACGGUAGAAAUUUAGCGCGUAAUACGGUUCACAAAUGCAUAAAAUGUUUCCGUAAUAAACCUAUUUUCGUGCAACCUAUUAUGGGUGACUUGCCCAGUGACCGCGUACAACCAGGACGGGCAUUUUUAAAAUGUGGCAUAGAUUUCGCCGGUCCGUUUUUAAUAAAAUCUAGUUCGUUACGUAAAUCACCGAUUAUAAAAACAUACGCAUGUAUUUUUGUGUGUUUAUCGACCAAGGCCGUUCAUAUCGAGGCAGUUAACGAUUUAACGACAAAAGCAUUCUUGAACGCGUUAAACCGUUUUUUCGACCGUCGUGGUAAGAGCAUUGUCAUAUAUAGCGAUAAUGCAACAAAUUUCGUUGGUGCCAAUAAUAAAUUAAAAGAAAUAUAUCAACUAUUCCAGUCAAAACAAUCGCAUGAAGAUUUGCAAAGAAAUUUCACAAAUAUUGGUGUCAAGUGGCAGUUCAUCCCUCCUCGUUCCCCACAUUUCGGUGGACUGUGGGAGGCGGCGGUAAAAUCUAUGAAAAUACUGUUAGGUAGGGUAUUAGGCGAAGCUCAUCUAACAUAUGAAGAAUUAUGUACUGUACUAACGCGCGCUGAAGCCUGCUUAAACUCGCGUCCCUUAACCACCUUAUCUACUGAUCCUUCUGAUCCCAGCCCCCUCACUCCUGGGCACUUCCUUAUAGGAGAUUCUCUCACUGCGGUACCAGAGGAUGACGUAACCGCUAUACCAGUUAAUCGACUAACACGAUGGCGUAGAGUUACUCAAUAUUCACAACAGUUAUGGCGCCGUUGGAGUAAAGAGUACUUAUGCCAACUUCAAGAGAGGUCCAAAUGGUCUAAGGAGAAAGGUCCGAAGCUGAAUGUGGGAACAGUAGUCCUAGUGAAGGAGGACAAUCUACCCCCAUUGCAAUGGCGAUUGGGACUAGUUGAACAAAUCUAUCGAGGAUCCGACGGAGUCAAUCGAUCAGCAGAGGUUACGUCAGCAGGUCGUAAGUUGAAAAGGGCAGUUCGAACGUUGUGCCCACUUCCUUUCGAGAGUAAUAUUGAUUAA